ACCAGUACAGUGUGGUUUGGCUGCAUCCGGCCCCAGUGGCGGCGAUAUUCCAGUUACUGCUUGCCGCUGUCGCAAGUCAGCCGGUUAAAUCGCUAUUAUGACUCAGGGCAAAACAAAUAUGAACUGUUUUAAUACCGAUGACAACAGCAGGCAGCGCGAUGUUGGUAGCGAUGGUCGCAGCGACGACGCAAUGAGAGAAGUUAAGGGCGACCAAUGUGUUGCUUCUUCUGCGGAGGAUCCAGGGCCGCUAGAAACCCUUACUAGGGCGGACGUGGUGGAUAUAGUAGAGUACGCGCUUGCCACGGGGAGACCAGUUCGCACCCUCAUGCGUGCAAUGGAUGAGGCGGGGUGUCCCGUGGGUCGCGGCUUCUUCCACGUGCUCCGCUGCGACGCGGCGGUUGGGGGCGGCUUCGCGCCGGACCAUGGGGUGAUCCUGUGCCACAAUCGGCUCCACACGCAGAGGGAGGUCACCAACGCCAUAACCCAUGAGCUCAUCCACGCGUACGACCACUGCAGGUACGGCGGACGGGGGGACGCCUUCCCAACCGCCACCGCUGCGGCCGCGGAGGGUUCCACCGCUGGGAGCACAGCUGCUGCUGCUGCGGGUGCUGCUGCUAGUGGCAGUGGUAGUGGUAGUGGCAGCAGCAGCAGUGGGGAUGUGGGAUCAGCCUCAGCGGCAGCGGCAGCAGCAGCGGGGUCUAGCAUGGGCAGUAGUGGUUGCGGGAUUGCGGCAGGCGGCAGCAGUCCGGAGCGAGGGGGCUGCGAGGGCGGGGGUGGAGGCAGCUGUGAGGGCGGCAGCAGCGGGUGCAGCGGAGUGGGCAGCACUGGGGGCCUGGACUGGAGCAACUGCAGGCAUCAUGCGUGCACUGAGAUCCGGGCCGCCAACCUGAGUGGCGACUGCAGCGCCUGGCAGGAGCUGCUGCGCGGCAACCUGCCGCUAGCCCCCACCCGCUGGGGGGAGCAGCAGCGGGCCUGUGUGGCGCGGCGAGCGGCGCUGAGUGUGGCCAUGAACCCGGCGUGCGGAGGCGCGGAGGGCGCGGGGGAGGUGGUGGAGCAGGUGAUGCGGGGCUGUCUGGCGGAUACGGCGCCGUUUGACGCGAGUGAGGCGGCGGCGGCGCCGUGAGAGGGGGGAGGGAGGGAGAAGGAGAAGAAGAAUGUCCGAUGUGUGGCGGGAAAAAGAGGAGAGAGGAGUGAGCUGGCUACCGGUAAUAGGGGAUGACAGUUUUCCGCACUGGGUUGGAAUAUAGGAUCCCUCCAGGAGGAGGAGGGGAAGGAGGAGGAAGAAGGAGAGC